AUGGCCAGAGACACGCCGCUCACGUACGACGACGGACCGAUGGUCUGGGUCGACUGCGAGAUGACCGGCCUCGACACGAGCAAGGACGUCAUCAUCGAGAUUGCCGUGAUCAUCACCGACGGACACCUGAACCCGGUCGACGACGGCAUCUGCUACGUUAUCAACACGGACAAGGCUCUCCUUGACGGCAUGGACGAGUGGUGCCAGACGACACACGGCAACUCGGGUCUGAUUCAGCAGUGUCUCGACUCGCCGUACAGGUACGCCGACGUCGCGCAGAAGGUGCUCGAGUACAUUCAGAAGUGGAUCCCGGAGAAGGGCGCCGGUCUGCUUGCUGGCAGCACGGUGCAUGCCGACAUGCGAUUCCUCCUCAUCGGCAUGCCCGAGGUCAUGAAGCACCUGUCGUACCGCAUUGUGGACGUGUCGAGUGUCAAGGAAAUCGCGCGGAGAUGGUACCCGCAGCUCAUCAAGCGGGAGAAGGAGUCGCGACAGAAGGAGAGCGCGCAUCGCAUCAACGAGCUCAAGUUCUACCGCGAGCACAUCUUCCAGCCUGUCGAGCCUAUCCAGGAGCCGUCUGCUUCCGACACCGCUGCUGACAAGCCCGCUGAGCCGCGCAAGACUGCUCUCUGA